CGUAGUGAACAGGGUUCUAGUAUGUUGUAGGUUCUUUAUUCUAUGGUUGUAGCUUUUGGGUGCUCUCUCUAUGGGCCUAGCAGUACCAGUGAAACUUAUGAAGUGUUCACAUGCGCUUAAUGAUGACAAAACAGAAAUGGUGGUAAAGGAUUUCGUUCAGAUCUUCCCAACGGCGGUAAAAGAACCGCAGUGACAACCGCUAUAAAGUGCCUGCCGAUGAAGCCGCUGCACACAUCAUGGAAGCAACGCAAGUCGACAAGCCGCGCUGCCGUGUCGACACCCCCUCGGAAGACUUCGGCGUCUCAGAUCAAAGCGUGCCUGCGCAAGCAUGCCACAUCAACGCCCUGUCAGGCAGCGCCCCUCGAGUCUGGCCUGUCCCCCAUCACGCAUGCAUCAACUGCAGCAUCCAGAGAAGAGGAAGGAGAAGACCCCCUGGACCUUGGCCAUUGGGGUCUUCCAGCCGAGGUGGUGGCUGGCUAUGCCCGCAGGGGUGUCCAGCGCAUGUUUCCCUGGCAGCUCGAGUGUCUGCGCACGGGAAACGUGCUUGCUGGAGCUGGAAACCUUGUUUACUCUGCUCCAACAAGUGCUGGCAAGACACUGGUGGCCGAAAUCUUGAUGCUGAAGCGCAUCCUCGAAACAAAGACCAAGGCCUUCCUCGUGCUCCCAUUCGUGUCGCUUGCCCGUGAGAAGGAGCUUGUGCUGGCCGAGCUGUUUGGGGGCUGUGGUGUACGGGUGGGUGGCUUCCUAGGCCAGCGGAGGCCACCAGGGGGCCUCUCUGCUGUGGACCUGGCAGUGUGCACCAUAGAGCGUGCAAACAACCUGCUCAAUGGGAUGCUGCUUGACCAGGGGACCCUGGGGGAAUUGGGGAUCCUUGUGGUUGAUGAACUCCACCUGGUCGGUGAUGCUCAUCGAGGAUACCUGCUUGAACUGAUGCUCACAAAAGUGGCCUAUGCACAGAAGAGAGGCCUGGUGGGACCGCGGGGCAUUCAAGUGGUGGCCAUGAGUGCCACCCUUGCCAACCUGUCUGCCCUGGCUAAGUGGCUCAGUGCUGACCUCUACCAAACUGACUUUCGACCUGUGCCUUUGCGACAGCUGUUCAAGUUGGGCCAGCAUUUGUGCGAAGGUCCUGACCUGCGACCUGUCCAGCGUCUGCCUGCCAGUGCAUCAGAUGACCCAGAGGGCCUCCUUGCAUUGUGCCUGGAGACUUGGGCUGAAGGGCAUGCACUGCUAGUCUUCUGCCCGACGCGACGCUGGUGCGAAGCACUGGCAGCCUCACUGGCCCGCACUGUGCAGCAGCUUGUCACCGGCACUCACAACCCAGGUGACCCACGGCAAGAACUGGCCGAGAAGCUGCGAUCCCAGACGUGCACGGCAAUGGGUCAACGUCUGCUGGAGCAGCUGCGGUCCACACCAGGAGCGAUGGAUCCCGCUCUGGCCUCGUGUCUCUCCGCACAAGUGGCAUUCCACCAUGCGGGUCUGACGAUGGAGGAGCGGGACCUGCUGGAGUCAGCAUUCCGGGAAGGCACCAUUCGCGCCCUGGUAGCUACUACGACCCUUUCGUCUGGGGUGAAUCUCCCGGCACGGCGAGUCAUCAUCCGGUCGGCCAACUUCCAGGGGCGCCCCAUUGACUCCCUCUCCUACCACCAGAUGGUGGGGCGGGCAGGACGCAUGGGCCUUGACACACAGGGCGAGAGCAUCCUGAUGUGCCGUGACGUGGACCGACCUCUAGCACAGCGAUUGAGUCGUGCAGAAGCGCAGCCCAUCACUUCCUGCCUCUCGGGCAGCAGCACCAGUUUGCGUAGGGCAUUGCUGGAGGUGGUGGCCAGUGGUGUGGCAAACAAGCCAGAGGAACUCUGCCUCUACACUCAGUGCACUUUGCGCCACCAACUUUGCUCUGGUGAUGGAGCAAAAGAAGAUCUUGAUGGGGCACUCCAGUUUUUGGUCGACCACCAGCUUGUCCACCUCCAGGGGGAAGACGGAGAUCGACGCUACUGUCCCAGCCAGCUGGGUCGUGCCGUUCUCGCAUCGGGGCUUUCGCCCGAUGACGCGCUGGCCAUGGUCGGUGAGCUGGAGCGCGCCCGGCGUUGUCUGGCCCUCGACAGUGACUUGCACCUGGUGUACCUGGUCACACCUGGACACCUUGGUUCGCAGCUAGGCUCGCUGGACUGGGGCCGCUACCAGGAACUGUGGGAGCGGCUGUCGGCCGCACAACGCCGCGUUGCGGCUCUGGUGGGUGUCGACGAAGCGUGCAUGGCACGGGCGGCCGCUGGCCGAGCCCCACCCCCUGGCCGCCUCCUGGAUGGGUGCCGCCGCUUCUACCUGGCACUUGCCCUGGAGCGGCUGGCCUCCGAGCGCCCCCUGGCGGAGGUGGCACGCAUAUUCGCUUGCCCUCGUGGCCUGCUCCAGUCGCUGCAGCAGGGAGCCGCCACCUUUGCCGGCAUGGUGUGCGUGCUGUGCCAGCGACUGGGAUGGCGCCACCUGCAACUGCUGGUGUCCGAGUUUCAGGCACGGCUGCACUUUGGGGUCCAGCCUGAGCUGUGCCCGUUGCUGGCCCUGCCCAGCCUCGACGGCCCACUGGCACGUGUCGUCUUCGAUGCAGGCUUUGCUGAUCCCACUGCCCUCGCCCAGGUGGCGCCUCAGGAGCUUGACAUCACGCUGCGCAACACGGGGCCUUUCCAGGGCAGGGGUGAGUCUCGCUGUUGGCAGUUGUCUGUGCAUGGCACAGUGACGACCACCCAGCUGGCCGACAUCCUGGUGCGCGAGGCAAGGGCAGUGGUUGAAGGAUCCCUGGGUGCAGCUGUGGCUUGGGCCGACAAGGUUGCCGUAGCUAACGGAUUGGCUUCGGUCAAGAUGAGCCAAGCUGAUGGCACAGAGAAGGACGAGGAAUUUCAAGAAAAGAUGAGACCGAAUAUCCGUGUAGGUACUCAAAUUGGCAAUUUGUCAAACACAAGUCAAGGCAGUGGACCACUGCAAGAUGCCACAGAAAAUGGUGCAUUUGUACGCUCACAGAAUUCUAGCCCAUCAACGUGCCGAGUUGUGCCGUCGUCUCAAACAGUUCCAGCUUUCACACAUCAACAAGCUACAUGCACAAGGCAUGGUGAUGUAGAGUCACCCAGUGCGCUCUCCCCACCAAAAGAAGCAGCGGCUGUUCACUCUGAGCAUAUCGCUCAAGGACAGGACAAUGCUCUCGACGUGCAGCCUUCAAUGUCAGUCCCGUGGUCAUCUUUACGGCCUGGCGGAACCAUUGCCAUUCUUGAAUUAGAAGUGCACGAUUCAGAAGAUGAGGAGCGCCUCACACUAGACAGACUUUUUGGAAGUUUACCCAUCGCAUCACCGAGUUCGCCAGUGGAAGUGAGACAAGCUUCCGCAGACUCACCAUCGUUGGCUAGGACUGUCGUUGAAUCAAACCUGGACGACGCCAUUUUGUUCUGGGAGAAUAACAGCUCACCACUGUCUUCACCGACAGUGGAACAGGAUAGCAAAGAGGUGCGAACACUCCCGGGUACGAAUAAUCCCCGUGGGGCUUCACCAAAGGAUGACGACUGUUAUAUGCUGAGCGGAAGUCUUAUGGUGAACACGCAGAUGCUAAAUGCUGAAAAAGAAAACUUCCCAUCACCGUUUAAAAACGGCACACGUUGUAAGGCAAGAGUCCUCUCCCCGCAAGUUCGAGUGUCUAAUAAGAAUAAUGCUCAGAAAACAACCGAUGCAGACCACAAAACAUUGCCACCCACUGCCUCACCCAACAGCAGAGUGUUGCGAUCCCAGGCUAGGGGAUCUCGUCAGAACCAGGAGAAAAUUCAGCACGAUUCAUCAUCACACCAGAGGGGUCUUUCAGCGAUGAGCGACUCCUUCGACUGUGGCAGCAGCUUUUUUCAGGACAUGGUUGUUCCGAGGACAAGUAAGCUCAAGAGUCCACCACUGACCCUGUUGAAGAGCAGACGGGGCGAUAGAUCAUCCAAGUUAGCGAGCCAAGCCACUGCUCCCUCUCCCAGGAGAGACUCCUACAGGCUUAGCGGGAGUUUUGUCCUGGACAGCCAGACCAUCAAAGCCAUGGAUGGGGUGACACUCGCUGAAGGCAUUGUAGAGAAUGCUGCAGACGAUGCACAUGACUGCAACGUUGCCAAUGGAACUUCAGACAAUGAUCCACUAGGCCCUGCCCAUCCAAAACCACUGCUGACAGACACCAGCUCUAUCGAAAUUUCUGGGGGCAUUUGUUCUCUAGGAAGCUCCACAUUGUCCGAGCUCUUCAGCUCACCGGGCAACGUCGUCUUGAAGUCGGAGAACAGCAGCCCUGACAGCGAACGGAGUGGCCGGUCCUCAAAGUCUUCCAAAGGUCGCAAGAGGAGUGCUUCGGAAGGCGAGCUCUUCUCGUCUACGGAAGACAGCAGCGUACACUCGCUGGACUCGCUGGCCGACCGAGUUCGUGAAGAGUUUGCCUGGGAGCAUGUUAAGUCUGCGCGGGACUUUGUGUGCCAGUGGGAGAAGCAGAAGGAGUUUGCGAUGGCCCUGGUUGUGAAGAGCCAUAUGGAAGUGCAGCCAUCCAUUGGGCUGGCAAGAAGUACGAGGGUCAUUGCAAAGUCCUCCAAGAACCCUUUUGUUGUUGACAGCAAGUGUGCCAUGGGUGUUGCUGUCUGCUGGGGGAAGUACCAGGCACAUUACUUGCAGUUAGACGGGGUGGCACCCGCUCAGAUAGACCAGCUGUCGCAUCUCCUGGCAGCUGCCAAGCGGGUGGUUGUGCCAGACGUCUUGGAGGCCCUGCGUUUUCUGGCCAGGCCCUGCAGCCUUGACCCGUCUCGACUCAGGUGGGAGGAGCCCCGGCUGGCUAACUGGCUCCUGGAUCCCAACCAGGGCGAGGCUACAUUUGCCAACAUGGUGGACCAGUGGGCACCUCACCUUCAACCGCUGUUGGAAGGUGUCAACAACUCUAGUGACAUCCUGGAGGAAGCUGCUGCCAGGUUGUCUGUGCUGGUGUGGCACCUCCAGAAGCCUCUGGUGUCGGCGCUGAAGCGGGCCAACAUGUACUCCCUCUACAAAGAGCAAGAGGUGCAGCUGCUGGGUGUGCUGUCCAAGAUGGAUCUCAAUGGCAUCGGCUACGACCCAGUUUGUGCCCAGCAGACAGUGGCGCAAGUGGACGGGGCUCUGGAAGCACUUCAAAGGGAGGCCUGGGCACUGGCAGGGCGUCAAUUUGCACUCAGCUCUGCUCGACAGGUGGAAGCCACAAUGAAGGCUAAGGUCGCACCACUGGUGAAAGGCGCCCUGCCUCCCGGCGCCCUGAGCAGCCGGGCGGCUCUGACCCAGCUGUCCACGGUGCACCCGCUGCCAGCCAAGGUGCUCGACUGGAAGAAGCUGCGGGGUGUCGUCGCUCUGAACCUGCGCCCACUGAGCCUCCACCAGCGAAGACUGCAGCCAAGUGGUGGCAGACUGUCUCGAAUUCGGCCGUGGAGCCAACCCUGGACGGCCACAGGUCGAGUGAUGGUCACUGAACCUAACCUGCAGGGCAUUUUCAAAAGCUUCACUGUUUGCACCGAGUCACCAGUCAGCAUCAGCGUUCGUGCAGCCUUCCGGCCUUUUCCAGGUGCGGUUCUCCUGACUGCCGACUAUUCCCAGUUGGAACUGCGGCUCCUUGCACACCUCUCCCAAGACACACAGCUGUGCAAAGUCUUCCAUGCUGGUGGCGAUGUCUUCCGCCGCAUGGCCGCCCUCUGGAGCCGCUGUGAGGAGGAAGCUGUUGAUGCUUCACUGCGGCAGAAAACAAAACAGAUCUGCUACGGCAUCACCUAUGGCCAAGGUGCACGCUCGCUCGCCCAGCAACUUGGAGUAGAGCACUCGGAAGCUGAGGCCAUGAUCGCCCAGUUCCGACAGGCUUUCCCUGGCAUGCAGCGCUAUGCCGACCAGCUUCUGGAGCGUGCCCGUGUCACGAACGAGGUCCGCACGCUGCUAGGCAGGCGGCGCCCCCUGGUGGACCUACAUAGCGGGAGCAGCAAGGACAGGGCCAAGGCCGAGCGGCAGGUGCUGAGCACGGCUGUGCAGGGCUCGGCUGCGGACCUGCUUCGACGAGCACUGCUCUCGCUCGACGGUGCCCUUGCACGACGCUUUCCCGACUCAAGGGGUCUGCUGCCGGAGGAGCCACCAACACAUGGUGCCUUUUUGGUCCUCCAGAUGCACGAUGAGCUUCUGCUUGAGGUGUGCGAGGCGGAUCUGGACACGGUGUCCAGCAUGGUGCGCAAGUCCAUGGAGGAAGCAGCCAAGCUGUCCGUGCCUCUUGUAGUGCGACUUCGUGCCGGACCCGACUGGGCCCAUCUGGAUGAACUGUAGUCUGAUCAGUGAUGGACGGCAGGUUGAACCGGCGCGUUGAAAUUUGUGUCUUCAGUGGAGACACUCCUUGUGGCCUCUGCAACUCUUGCUUUACCACAAUUGCUACUUUUGCUAGUUUCUUGUGAUGUUUGAUAAUUUAUUCUAAUUUAUGCCCCCACCACAGAAGGUUUUGGACCACUAGAUUUAGGAAAACAAACAACUAAACUGUUCCAAUCUGCCCUCACAUUGAAAGGUGCAGCAGAUACUCCUCUGCACCAAGUGAGGAAAUAGUGAUGACACAUACCUUUUUCGUGAAUUCGGGGCUGCGAGAACUUGUGCGGUCAACUGUACAUAAUGUAAAACAUUAGUCAUGGUUGUGAUACUUUCGAGGUUUCCAGAAAUGCUGCUCUGUGAUAUGUUAUUGUUACGGCCAUCUGUUCUCCGACUUGGAAAAUGUACAGCACGACCGUCUCUCACAGUAUAUGACAUUGCAAGUGUAUUUUUUGCACAGUGUGGGACGCUGCUGGUCGUGGACACACUAGGCAUAGCUAAUGUGAGCACAUAAACGUAUUUAUGUGCACAUUUGGUGUCUGAACCUAUUUUGUGCACUGUGUCACGACUGUCCUUGCUGACAAGGACACCAUUACAAUGUGUGACACCCAGGCACCUUGACUGUUUCUUGUUUGAAACAUAUCACUUAUGGUAUGACAUCAUGUCACAGGGAAUUCGCUAGCACAAAACAAAUUAGGAACAGAACAUUCACAGGCUACCAGCUGAAGUUUAUGUAGAUAAUGCUUUAAGUACAGCAAAUAAAACUCAGUUGGUAAAUGGCACCCGUCUUGCCACGUGUACCUUGUGUGUAAAGGUAUUUAAAGAUUUAAAUGUACUUAAAAGAUUUCAAGAAUACACUUGGUGGCACGUGCGGCUGUUCUGUUUAAAAUGCAAUGCUCAUCUUGUCAUCAUGUUCUGUGUCCCGUCUGUGCUGUACACCUUUGAAUGUCCUGCAACAUGCAUGACUAGCUAGCUCUAACCAACAUUCUGCCAAGUCAUAUGGUAUGCAUUUGAAUAUGUUGGUCAAAAUCCCACUCAUCUAUGCAAACUUACAUGAAGCAAUCGGUUGGGAUUGACUGAUAAGCAGCCAGGCUGUUACUUGACACAUAUUUUGAUAGGUGGCUUACAUUUAUUUAUCACGGAAGAAUGAAAUCAAAGCCACUCUUAUAAAGUAAAAGCUUAAAAUGUCCCAAAGAAGGAGCGAUGUGAGCGUAAACAUUAUUGUCUUGUUCCCACUGCCCAGGAGAACGUUCAGUGUUCUAGUGUCUCACUGUUAUACCGAAUACGUGAGAUGUUGUUUUACGUUUUUAAUGUUAUAUGUGCCCCACAAAAGUUUCUGCCUUUAAGAUGUUUUAGUGUGAUUUAAAAUGUGUUUUUGAUUUUAUUUUCCUAAUCUUCACCACAUAUAAAGUAAUGUUAUAUGGUUUGUGGUUUACACUUCUAUCUCCAUAGUGCUUCCCUAAAUAAAAUAUUCUUUAAAUUUUUUUUUAUUUUACAUUAUGCAUUUACCAUAAAAUUUGUUUUUAUUUUUGUAGAUUUGAGUUUACUGUUUAUUAGACAAUUUUAUAGUCCACAUCAUAUUAGUUUACUUAAAUGGUGCAGUUGUUUAGAAAUUAUCGUGUGUUUUAGCAUUACAGUAGAACCUUUUUGAUUCGUUCCUGUUAUGCUCUGCCAGCUCUUCUACUGUGAAGCACCAGUCCCAUUUAGUUUCCACACAGUCAUGUGUACUAGAUUCCUGUCUGUCAUGUUUACCUUCAUGGUUGUUACGUCCAAGAGCUGCUACAGCGCACCACAGAUGGGGCAUUAUCUGUCAGAAUAGGCUGUGUUGAUCACCGUAUGUUGCUGCUGAAAAUAGUCGCUUAGCAAAACCUGCUAUGUGCUUCAGAAAGAUGGCCAUCGCCGUCUUCAGAUCGUCACCGCUCUCAGCACGGCUCACAAAGCCAAAAGUGGACAAAGGCACAAAAAUUUCAUCUUAGACCAACUUUCGAAGAUGCUCUCUCGUGACCUUUGAUGCCUUGCAUGGUUACUUUCAUAUACAAGGCUGUGAGAAAACUGAAAAGAGGACGUGAGUGCUCUAAAAGAGGCUGUUACUUAUAGAAGAUUCAACCCAGGCACCAAGUGGGAAUUAGAAGCUGCGGCCACUCCAAAAAAGUGUUUAAUGUUUAGGUUAACCACCAGGCCGCAAUAAUGAACUUUACGCAGCGGGUUUUCAAUACUUUGUCGACUUCCUAUUCAACUUUAAAUUGGGUUUUGUAUGAGAGUAGCUUCUUUUCUCAUCAGUAUUGCCACUGUAAGCGUUAUCAGAUGUGUUUGCCUGGAGCAUGUUCUUUUUCCAGUGUACCCUAAAGAAUGUAUCAAUGGGGUUUUACUGUAUUUACCAAAAUAGAUUAUCUGGCAGCAUGCACCAGUAAUGUUGAACUCAUUGCUUUCGGCAGUGGUAUCAGUUUUAUUUGCUGGUUAUUUCGUUGAGCAUUCUCCUGUGGGUAAUUACUGCCACAAGGCUUUAUUACAAGUCCUUACUUACAAGCUUUUCAAACCCAUACAAUUGCUUACAUAAUAAAAUUGCUGAUAAUGAAAUUCUUCCUAA